AAAUAACAUAGGUCAUAGGUUAGUGCUUUUAUCCACCAGCAGGUCACAGUAUGGCACUGCUACCGUUCUGCAGGAUGUCCGCAGGACCAGUCAGAGUGACCAGAACACACCUGGUCCUGUACUGUGUUCUCCUGUUUCUUAUCGUAUAUUUUCUUAAUGAACGUAAAGCUGCUGUCAUUGUGAAGUCACCUCAUGCUAUCUUCCAUGCCAUGGGAGUGGACAGGGGAACAGUCUUGACAGACACAACGUUUGUCAGAGCAGCAGUGCCACAAACCCCUCUGGAGACACCGUGGGGCGUUCCUUUAGUGUGGGGUGACACCCACAACUCGACCUGGUGCAGAGCUAAAUAUACACAACGGGGGAUCCGUGUAGGUCUGCUGGCUCUUGUUGUGGGAACUUAUGGCCAGUUUGUCCAACGUUUCCUCUCCUCAGCUGAAACCUACUUUCUCCCCGGUCAGAUGGUCACCUACUACAUCCUCACAGACAAUCCCCGUUCUCUGGAUCCCCCCAUCCACUUGGGGCCCAAACGCCAUCUGAUGGUGAUUCCCAUUGCUGAGCUGCCAGGUUGGAACAGGUUGGCCUAUCGUCGCAUGGCCUUGCUUGCUGAUGCCAUUAAAGACCAAGUCAGCAGUGAGGUUGACUACAUCUUCUGUGCUGACAUUGACCAGGAGUUUGUGGCACCAGUGGGAAAAGAAAUUCUAGGAGACCUGGUGGCCACGUUGCACCCUGAGCUCUAUGGGAUGCCACGAAAGGCUUUUCCUUAUGAAAAUGAGGAAGUCUCAUCAGCCUGUGUGGAGGAGGAUGAAGGAGACUACUACUACACCUCUGAGCUGUAUGGAGGGUUGGUUUCUGAGAUGCACAGACUGGCUCGUGCCUGUUCUUUGCUCAUUCUGCAGGACCAGGCUAACAGGGUAGUGGCCAGAGGACUCGAGGAGAGCUACCUAAAUCGUUACUUGAUUGACCACAGGCCAACCUGUGUGCUGUCACCAGAGUACAGCUGGUGGGACUCGGCCCUGGCUGCCGACGUACCUGUAUACAGGCUAGUCUCUUUAGGGAGGCAAUGCAAGGCUUAUGAUAAGCAAAAAAGAGAGGAGCACAAGUGUUGAGCAAAUGUAAAAGGAGGGUCAGAAGGUUCUGCUGCCUGAGCCUCAUGAAGGACUAAAAAGAUGAAGAGAAUGCAUAUGUUCCAAUCAUCUUUGUUCAAUUAAUAAUUCAGUCUUUUUCAGUUUUAAUUUUCUGUUCUAUUAGCCAAUAAAUGAAGCCUACAAUUGCUUAUAAGUAUGCAGAAGCACAAUCUGCUCUCAAUUAAAGAGCCAUUUAUGCGAACAGUGCCUUUGUUAUCUCUUCUACAGCAGACAAAAAAGAAAUUGACCUGUCCCUUUAAAUGAAGCACUCACUUCUCCAUUAUUAUCAGCCUUGGAGAUAUUGCUCCGGCUUUGUGGCCAGCAGUGAUAAGAGUCAACAGUGUAAGCGUACACUUUCCCUGCAGUGGCUAAUCAUUAACUGGAACAGCUGCUGUUUCAAGGUCUUUAAAUACCAGAUGGGGGAAAAAUGGAAAGAACAGGAUGCUGCUUCUCCAGGUUACAUAUGUAUAGAAGCUAUAGUUUGAGCUUCAGCAAAAGCUAAUAAAGUUUUGAAACUGGUGAAACUGGUUCAGGGUGUGUUGAAGUAAAUUUCCAUUACAACUGCCAUUUCCCUACUUGCUGUAUGACUUGGAAAAAUAGGUAAACUCCAGUGACCUGAUGAUGGUUGUUAUGUCAUCUGUGAAUCAGCCUCCUUCUGUCUCCACACACAAAUGUGCCACGCUUACACUCUGCCUUCUCUUCCUUGUGUGAUGUGUUUUAAUGGAAGGGUUAAACAGUAGCAGAUGGCUUUUUCUCACUGCCAACAGAAUAUGUCUGCAGGGCCAGGUCUCCAUGUGGCAUGAAACUAGAGGUGAACCUAAGAUAAUUCUUUGAAACUAAUCCAAACAAUCCUUUCUUUCUGUGUGUGUGUGUUUUUUUAGAGUCUGCAUUCACAUGUCAGUUCAGCUUUACACUGAAUUACCCUGUAGACAGGAACUUUAUGUCUAAUAACACCCUGCUUUCAUUUAACAACACCCAUAGCACAAUAAGACUGUCAUCAGUGGAUGCUCCUAAACAUUUUCUGUAUCUGCAUUGUAGUUUUAGAUAGAAAGUUUUUUUUUUGCAUAGACUAAAUAGUCUAUGCUGAGUACCCCUUCUUAUGCCAUAAUGCAGUAUAAAAUUAUGCAUGUAAUCUUGUCUCUAUGAGUGUCAGCUAUUAGAGCUUAAUGUGUAGAAAGAUAUAAUGUUCCUUCUUGCAAACAAAGAAUACAAGUAUUCAGAAGCGGUAAGGUGAUGAUGCAAAAGAUUAGAAUUAAUCAGAAUUGUUGAACUUACUGUGUGAACAUAUGGAAACACUUUUGCUAAAACAGGCUAGACUGUUUUUAACUUUACUUUGAUAUUAUUCAGCAUUUGGUUUAAAUUCAUUGUGACCUUUAGCUGUGCCUGUGCCGUGUGCAGGAAAGACGACUCCCAGUUACACUAUAGCCUUUUCCUCUGAUCUUUUUUAUUGUUUUUGUUCACAUGCAUGUUCUGGUAUUUGGUGAUAAAUUUGCUUCUUUUGAUUACAGUGAACAUAUUAGUGACAGCCCUUAACCAUUAGCUAACAACUGGCACUGUGAUGUGUUUAACUGCAGUAAUGUUAGCUAAUCUACAAAACCAAUGAAUGAAUAUUAAUAGUAAAUGAUUAGUAGCAAUGCAUGGAUGAAUAUGCUAAUCAAGCAGUUUUACUUGCCUAACAGAUGUGUAAUUCAAUGAGUCUGGCUGAUGUUAAAGAAACAUUUUGCUAAGUGAUCUUUAGCGGAUUUUCCUCAGUACAGUGGUGAAGCAUGAGGUUGCUCUGAUUAUUCCGUGACUGACAUACUAAAAUAUUCAGUGUUGAUGCUGUACACCAAGGGAGCAUUUGUAACUGA